CGGGGCGAGGCCGGCGCCCGGGGACGAAGUGGGCGUGCGUGCACGUGCGCGAGGCGCGCCUCCCCGGGGGCAGGUCAGGGUCUGGAAGUGGUCUGCUGGGGCCGCGCCCCCCCCCAAUCUUCCAGCCCUGGGGAGGUUGAGCAGAAGUGGUCACUGCAUUGGGGUCCCUUGUCCCUCACCCACAUCCCCGCCCCUGGGGGCCGGAGCACAGGGCCGGGGGGCCUUCAGCCCCAGUCUGCGCAGAUGAGCUUGCGUCGGGGUGCCGGCCGACUGUCCCGGACUCCCGGGGCUCCUGACCGCUGCCUCCCCAGCCCAGCUGGGAGCCCCUCUCGCAGCCCUGCACCUUGGCCUCCUACACGGACGCCGCUGGGGCCUGGGGUCCCGCCCGCGCCUCUAUCGCAUCGCUCUGCUUUGGCUGCUCCCCCCUCCAAGGCUGGCGCUGGUCCGGCAGCUGCUGUUGCACAACCCUGGUCGAUAUGCAGGGAGGCUGUCCGGCCCUAUGGUGGGGCCUCAGACCUCUGCCCAGCACAGGGUAUGGCAGAACCAGAUGCAGUGGAGCCCAGGCUGCAAAGAACUCAGGCUGCGGGGAGACCCAGGCCUGGGCCUUAUCCUGGUGAUUCCUGGUGAUCUGGGGUUUGGCAUCCGGAGCUGGGUGGAGCUGGGCCUCCAGCCCAGCUGCUGGGAGUGAGGGAGCCUGGCGAGAAACAUGCCCCGACCUGCACGUGUGUCCCAGCCAGAAGAGGGCCCAGACUCCUGCUGGGCCCCCACCUACCCUGCCCCCGUCUCCUCCAGAGCCCCCCAAGGAAAGGCACGGCUGGACGAGGUCAUGGCUGCAGCGGCCCUCACUAGCUUGUCCACCAGCCCCCUCCUGCUGGGGGCCCCAGCUGCAGCCUUCAGCCCAGAGGCCGGCCUGGAGCCCUGGAAGGAAGCCCUGGUCCGGCCACCCGGCAGCUACAGCAGCAGCGCCAGCAGUGCAGACUGGGGCUGGGACCUGGCCAGUGACCAGUCCUCCCCGUCCACACCGUCGCCCCCGCUGCCCCCUGAGGCAGCCCACUUCCUGUUCGGGGAGCCCACCCCGAGGAAGAGGAAGGGCGCGGCGCAGGUCAUGUUCCAGUGUCUGUGGAAGAGCUGCGGGAAGGUGCUGAGCACGGCGGCCGCGAUGCAGAGGCACAUCCGCGUGGUGCACUUGGGGCGGCAAGCGGAGCCGGAGCAGAGUGAUGGCGAGGAGGACUUUUACUACACAGAGCUGGAUGUCGGCGUGGACGUGCUGACCGACGGGCUGUCCAGCCUGACCCCUGCGUCCCCCACAGCCUCAUUGCCACCCGCUCUCCCCUGCCUGGAGCUGCCCACUGAGCCCAAGCCCCUGGCCCCACCUGGCCUGCUACAGCCCCUAGCCUUGCCCCCGGCCCCAGUGCUGCAUGCUGCAGCCCGGCAGCUGUGCCACAGCCACGGUGACCAUGCCUACCAGGGCGGCCCGGCACCUCCCCGCCUGGAGCCCCAGUCCCCGGCCCGGGCCUGUGUCCCGGCCCUGCCCGCCAAGCUUGCUGCCACCCCAAGGAAGCCCCGGGGCGACGCCAGGAAGUGCCGGAAGGUGUACGGGAUGGACCACCGCGACCUGUGGUGCACGGCCUGCCGCUGGAAGAAGGCGUGCCAGCGCUUCCUGGACUGAUGGUGCUGCCGGCCCCCCGAGGAGGAAACAAGCUAGGCCCCCGCCCCGCUCCCAGCCGCCGCCCCGGGCAGUCUGGGCCUGAGUGGCCCUGGGAGAGCACCAGCUACAGGUUCAGUGGUUCUAUCAACGGGGUGGGGGAGCCCGUGGCCCUGGACCCCCAGAGCUGGGGGUGAGGGUCUGACCACUCAAAGUGCCUCUGAAGAAACCAGCCUUUGCACUAAAGCCAAAUCACAUGGCCGCUGCUCCCUGCCCCCCCAGGCCCCGGGGCUGGUCCCGGAUGCUCUGGCAGGCUUCAGGGCUGCCCUGGGAGCCAGGCUGGGGUGCACUUUGAGGGGUGUCCUGGAGGGACCUCCCCAACCUGCAGUUAACGUGACAGUUCCUGGGCCGCACGGCUCACCUUGGUAUCAUGUUUGCAAAGCUCAGGUGUCUCGCAUCUGGACCGCACCAGGCGAGGAGAAAAAUUAAAGAUUUGGGGUUUUUCCAGAAGCUGUGUCUACCUCCUGGGGGGGGCGGUGCAUAUGGGCUGGGGGCAGGCGCAGCCUGGGGGCUGACACCGAGUUGCCAAGAGCAGCCCCACCUCAAGGGGGACCUUGUGAGGCCGAGACACACAUGAGGCCCACUCAGGGCAGCAGUUUCUGGGUUUAUUGAAACUGAUCUCUUUUGUGAGACUCGUCGACGCUGAUCGCCUCACAGAGAGGCUGGAGCCGCCUAGGCAGACAGGAGGCCUCAAACACUCUGCAGAAGGUGACCCUGACCUGCCCCGGGCACGGGACACAGGAUGCCAGAGCCGUUCCACCACCCGGUUACAAAAAGGCUUUCCCCCAAAUAUUAAACACAUCUCCGAUACAAA